AUGAAGUUCUUUAUCGACAAUCUACCUAUUAUUUUCCCUUAUGACCGAAUUUACCCUGAACAAUAUGCAUACAUGUGUGACCUCAAAAGAACCCUGGAUGCAACAGGGCAUUGCGUUUUGGAGAUGCCUUCAGGAACAGGAAAGACCGUUUCGCUGCUGUCUCUAAUUGUGUCAUAUCAACAGUUUUACCCCACGAGACGGAAACUUAUAUAUUGCUCGCGGACGGUUCCAGAGAUCGAGAAAGCAUUGGCCGAGCUGAAGCGUCUCAUGGCAUACCGAAUCAAGUUUGCGGAGACUCCCGAACAAGAAGCAAAAGAAAAAGGUUUCAUGGGACUCGGACUCACGAGUAGGAAGAACCUCUGCAUACACCCAGAUGUCUCAAAGGAGAAGAAGGGCAAGGUAGUCGACGCCCGUUGCCGAGACCUCACCAAUUCUGCUGCAUGUGAGAAAGGUCGCGCAGACCCAGGUUCAGUCGAAUUGUGCGAUUGGCAUGAGAACCUGGGUAAAGGUGAACCUGGGUCCUUGAUACCCCCUGGCAUAUGGACACUAGCCGAUGUUCUUCAGCACGGGCGUGAAAACAAGACAUGUCCAUACUUCACAGUUCGGCGAAUGAUGCCGUUCGUGGAUGUCAUCAUCUAUUCAUUCCACUAUCUGCUUGAUCCCAAAGUUGCCGAACAAGUUUCCAAAGAACUCUCAAAAGACGCCAUCGUCGUUUUUGACGAAGCUCACAAUAUCGACAAUGUGUGCAUCGAGUCAUUGAGCAUUGACUUGACCCGACCGAUGUUAGAUUCAGCUGCACGCAGUGUUGUGAAAUUGGGUGAAAAAAUAGACGAGAUCAAGAAAACGGACGCGGCCAAACUACAGGACGAGUAUGCGAGACUUGUCGAGGGGCUACAGGAAUCGGCGGCGGAAGCUUCUGAUGAAGACGCAUUCAUGGCCAACCCAGUUUUGCCAGACGACCUCCUAAAAGAAGCUGUUCCAGGAAACAUUAGGAAGGCCGAACAUUUUGUGGCAUUUUUGAAGCGAUUCGUGGAAUAUCUUAAGACUAGGAUGCGCGUUUUGCAUGUCGUUGCGGAAACGCCAUUGUCGUUUCUACAGCAUUUAAAAGACAUCACUUAUAUUGAGCGGCGACCACUGCGGCAAGUAUUGUUUUCUUUCCGCCUGUUUUCUUUAACGUCAGCCUUCAGGUUUUGUGCAGAGCGACUACAGUCGAUGAUCCGUACAUUGGAGCUGAAUCGGCUAGAUGAGUACUCGGCAUUGCAGAAGGUCGCAAGUUUUGCAACCCUCGUUGCAACUUACGAAAAGGGGUUUCUUCUUAUUCUUGAACCAUUCGAAACCGACAACGCGACCGUUCCUAAUCCCAUCUUCCACUUCACAUGCCUGGACCCGUCGCUCGCAAUCAAACCCGUAUUCGAGCAUUUCAGCAGCGUCGUAAUCACUUCAGGAACUAUCUCCCCGCUGGACAUGUAUCCGAAGAUGCUGCAAUUCACCCCCGUCGUGCAAGAAACAUAUCCUAUGACGCUCACACGCAAUGCUUUCUUACCGUUAGUCAUCACGCGAGGAAGUGACCAAGUCGCUAUCAGUUCACGUUUCGAAGUCAGAAACGACCCUGCCGUAGUUCGCAACUUUGGAAGUAUUCUCAUCGAGUACAGCAAGAUCGUACCGGACGGCAUUGUGGCUUUCUUCCCUAGUUAUCUUUACAUGGAGUCCAUCGUCGCAGCUUGGAAUGAUAUGGGUAUUCUCAACGAGGUCUGGAAGAACAAGUUAAUAUUUGUGGAAACGCCAGAUGCCAACGAGACGAGCAUUGCUUUGGAAAACUAUCGCCGAGCUUGCGAUAAUGGCCGAGGAGCUGUUCUUCUGUCGGUCGCGCGUGGAAAAGUGUCAGAGGGUAUCGAUUUUGAUCACAACUAUGGGAGAGCUGUGAUCAUGUUUGGGGUCCCAUAUCAAUACACGGAGAGCCGGAUAUUAAAAGCACGGUUGGAGUAUUUGCGUGAUGCAUACCGCAUAAGAGAAUCCGAGUUCCUUGGUUUUGAUGCCAUGCGCAACGCCGCUCAAUGCGUUGGACGUGUCCUGCGAGGUAAGACUGACUGGGGUCUGAUGGUGUUCGCAGACAAGCGUUUUGCUCGUGCCGACAAGCGGGCCAAGUUACCCCGGUGGAUAAAUCAAUAUAUCACGGAGGUUGCUUCUAAUCUUUCCACGGAUAUGGCCUUGACACUUUCCAAGCUGUUCAUGCGCACAAUUUCGCAGAAUCCAAACGAAAAUCAGACUGGUAUAUCGUUAUGGACACUGGAUGAUAUUGAGAAAGCACAAGCAAAGCAGAAGGAACAAGCACUGCUCAUGGAGCAACAACAAGAGCAGGAAGACGAUAUGGAUAUGGAUUAUGGAGACGGUGGGAUUGAUGAUGAUACGUUGUUGGGCUUGGAUGUGUAG